AUGAUGAUAUUGGACCUAAUUCACAAAUUUCUCAACUUAGUAGCUCCUCCAUUUACCUUGUUUGCUUUGUUGUUUUUGUUGCCACCUUAUCAAUUCAUCAAGUACAUCUUGUCAAUAUUGAGCACAGUUUACAGUGAGGAUGUUGCUGGCAAGGUUGUUGUCAUUACUGGGGCUUCCUCAGGCAUCGGCGAGCAUUUGGCCUAUGAAUACGCGAGAAGAGGUGCAUGCUUAACCAUUGCAGCCAGAAGAGAGAAGAGUGUAAGUGAAGUAGCCGAAAGGGCACUUGAUCUAGGUGCCCCGGAUGUUUUAGUCAUUCCAGCUGAUGUUUCAAAAGUUGAAGACUGUAGAAGGAUUGCUGAUAGAACUAUAAGUAACUUUGGACGACUGGAUCAUCUGGUUAAUAAUGCUGGCGUGAUUGCAGUUGCUUUGUUUGAAGAAAUAGAAGACAUCACUAACUUUAGAUCCAUCUUGGACAUCAACUUCUGGGGUUCAAUUUACAUGACAAAGUUUGCGAUUCCUUACCUGAGACGUAGCGAAGGUAGAAUCAUUGUGCUUUCUUCUGCAGCAUCUUGGAUUCCUGCUCCAAGAAUGAGCCUUUAUGCUGCAAGCAAAGCAGCGAUGACCCUGUUUUUUGAGGCGUUAAGGAUUGAAUUUGGACGGGACAUCAAAAUAACAUUGGUCACACCUGGCUAUGUUGAAUCAGAAAUGACACAAGGGAAAUUCAUAGACAAGACUGGCAAAGUAGAUGUUGAUCCUAAAAUGAGGGAUGUUCAAGUGAGCAUAAUCCCUGUGGUGAAAGUAGAAGAAUGUGCCAAGGCCAUUGUGAAUGGUGCUUGUCACGGAGAGCUUAGCAGUUCAGGAACGUCGCUAGAGGAUGCUUUAAGCAAGAAAAUAUUGGAUUAUACUGGUAUUAAAAAAGUGUUGUACCCUGAAAAUAUUUGGGAGCUCGAAUCUAAGAUCAAGUGA